AUGCAGCAACUCGUGACGAUUCUGCUGUAUGCCAUCCUGACCGCCGGACAGCACUCGCCCAAGACCAAUGCUCGCCAGGAAGAGCAAGAAUACUACCCGCCCCGGCAUCAAUUCGAACCAGAACGAGAAGAAAGCGCCCCAACAUGGCCAUCGAGCACGAGUGAGAUCACCCGAGGACUACUGGUACAUCGGCCGCAAGAACGGAGUGCACCUCACCACCGAGACCCUGCCGCACAUGAGGUACAUGAUUCCGCCCCCCAUCGAGACGCAAGGGGCCAUCAGAACAGUGGGCCCGCCACACAUGCACAGUUGGACAACGCAGACAACGGCAACGCACAACCAAGCGGCCUGGACUCCAACCAAGCAGUGAACGAGACGAACAUCCUGCCCAGACGCCACGACCACUACGAGGCCGAGACAUCCCGUGGACUACCAGUACCUCGGCCGGAAGAACGGAGUGCACAUCUUCGUCAACACCCUGCUGCACGGGACGUACGCGAUUCGGGACCCCAUCGAGACCAAGGGAAAUCUAAGGAGUGGGACUCAUGGUCCACCCCAGCCCUGAUGACCAAGAACGCCAAGGCCGACUCCACCCCAACAGGACCUCUCCAAGUCGGCAGCGAGGGGCAGAAAGCCGUGGUCACGCAAACCACGACUGACCCGGCAGUACUGCAGCAGUCCACCGGCAAGUCAGCCACGCCCUCGGACUGCGGACCGCCACAGAAGCCGCGCGGACCAGACCGCGCCCCGCGACUACCUGUACCUCGACCGCAAGAUCAAGCUGCUGAACACCAGCGAGGCCCCGCCCACGAAGAUAACCACGACCCAGAACUACACGACGGCCAGGAUGACACCUCCAGUUUCAUUGGCUGGCAGGUCCCCUUUAUACUAGGAGUGGUCGAGUCGUGGGACGAGCCUUUCCUACCACAUGACGCACCAUCUUGGUUUUGGACCUACCUGGACAGGGGGGUAGACUUCCUGCAAAGAGGGCUACCUGUACGCACCCUCAUGGACCUAUUCAAGCAGGCCUGCCGACAGUUCGAGGCAGAGCCCGAUGGCCAGCAGUUCAUGGAAGACACCGAGCUCGUCCGCAACCACUACCUCCACAGAUGGUGGCUACAUGAGCGGAGAAUGCAAGCACGGGGCACCCCACGCCGCGGACCGCCGGUCACAAUGGAGGAGGCCCAAACGCUGGCAAGCAAAGUGGCCUUCUUGAUCAACAGAGCGUGGUACCAAGAAACCCACCUUCCUCGUCGAGGUGAACCUAUGCGACCAUGUGGCUGCCUCGAUAUGACAGACGCUGAGACAUCGGACAGCGAGAACCAAGAUGAUGCCCAAGAACAACGACACCGCUCGCGCUCACCAACACCUACGAGAGCUACGUCCUCUACCGCCCUGGAGCCACCUAGACGAAACCACCCGCAGAUCGUCCUGGAUGACUCUGACACAUCCAUCGACACAGAGGCUGACUCGGCCUCCCUCAUGUCCGGAAAGGCAAAGGAUGUACCGGUCCACAAGAGAUCCCCUACCAGACUCUGGCGGGAACUCCCACCGGAUCGGAAAAGCUCCAGCGUUCGCACAUUGCGCCCCCCAUGGAAGAAGGGCAACAAUCCUCCACUACAAGCACGACCGCCGCCCACGCCUCCCAAGAGAAAGCCAACUCCCAAGCAGCGACCGGCGAGUGCUCGAUGCUCCGCCGAAGUGCCAGCACCAAAAACCCCGGAAGCAGAGCAAGCAGAGGGCGAAACAGCGACCGCAGAGAUGCAAGCCGAGGACACAGAGAUGACCAAAGACGACAUGAUGGCAGUUUGGCAGGCCCUCUUUGACAUGCAGCCAUCCGACUCCUUAAGCCCCAGUUCGAGCCCUCUUCUACCAGCACACAUCGCUGACAACGUGGUCGAGACCCUGGUGGAUUACCCUGAACACCACCACAACGCCAUGGCGGACGCCCUCCCCGAGUUCAUGGCACGGCUACAAUUGGAUGCAGCUGCAGCUCUGCAGCGAGCAAGGAGCCUGCGAGGACGCCUCCAGACCGAGGAAGACCCCGUACCCUCACAGCCGUCAGCACCAUCCGACAUGCCUACGCCAGCGUACGAGGAGGAAGAAGAAGACGAAGAAUCGAUCUACAUGCAGACGAAUGUCAAGGAGAUCAUGGCCCCAGCCCAGGAAGAUCCACAAGCUACCAAGAAGCCCAUCCUCCAAAUGCUCCAGGACGCGUUCAACAAGCUACCGGAAGACGAUAUCACGAGCCGGGCUCUGCAACUCAUGAACAGACUACAGGAGCACGACGGCCCGCUCCAAGUUGACAGGCAAGCUCUCGAGGCCUUGUUGGUCAGCGUGUCGGGAGAUGUACCUCCCGCAGCCACCGGAGAAGCCAUCAUAGUUGAACAUGCAUGGGUGGCCACAUGGUGGGGACGACUAGUGGGAAACCGGAACGCCACGCUUCAAGACAUCGACAAGAACAUCGAGGACUGGGACCGCGAGAUCUCGGCAGUGGACAUGAUUAGACAGGCCGAGGAGGACGAGACGGCUCAGGAAGAGGCACGCUACCAAGCAUACCUCCAAUACCUGGAGGAAGCCCGGCAAGAACACACGGACCGCCUGAAGACCCCGAACGAGGACAAUGACGUGAUGGCGGCAGCAGCAGGGUUGAGUUAUGAACCAACCAAGACCCGUCUUUGCGUCGGCCUCUGCUGGGAUGACGGUACAUCGUCGCGGGCAUGGGAGUGGGAGCUGGACAAGGGAGCGACAUUGCAGCUGCACAUCAAGAUGGAAAAGAAGGACUUUCCAGGAGGCUGGAUGAAGAACGGCAAAAGACUCCCUGAGGACCAAGUGCCAGCGUGUCUCAGGGAGACACAACCGAAGGCGAAAUGUCGCCCAACACCGAAGCCUCUUCCACAACUGGACUUGAACAGGCCUGCCACGAGGGAGCUCUUCUCUAGAUGGCAAGCUGGGAAGGUCAGCGACACGACAGUCGUGCAGGUGGGGUCGCCGACCAUGUUGAAGUUCUUCAGGGAGAUGACGGAUAUCCCACGGGACGUGCUUGAAGCACUCAACGAAAGGGACACGAUGGAUGUCUCCAGACCACGCGACCCAGGGGACAUGCCGGCGAGUGCGAGCCAUAUGCCACCGACCUUGCCUGUGCCAGAGAGUGAAAUCGAAACGAUCCUAGUGGACCAGGCCGAGACCGGGGAGAACCAGCCGAACGAUGGCAACGCUAUCCACGGCGAGAUGGAGCAGGCCGACACGGAGGCAAACCACCCGGACGAUGACAGCGAGAUCCAGUCGAACCCUGAUCCAUACUUCAACGGCAGAAAGUACUACGAGAAAUACGGCCAUGAUGGAAACGACGACUACGGUGACAGUGAGGGCCAGCGUGCCACCGUUCGCUUCUGGGGCACCGGAGAUCCACGCUUAGACACGAAGCAGUACGACUUCAAAGUCGAGUACCUCUCCAACAACGAGCUCGUCCUGCAAAAGAAGGAUGGAAGCCCAGUGCUUGACAACCACCAGUCCUCUAGUGGAAGAUUUCAGGUGAAGCCGCAGCAGGCCUGGCUUCGUACCGGGAUGUUUCAAGUGCCCUACCUGGUCUGGGCCCUUCUCCCGGGCGUCGUCUACGCAGGACUCCUUCACUACCAAAACAUCAGCGACAAGCGGGUGAUGCCCAGCUACAGCAGCCUCCACGUCGCCAUUGGCUGCAUGAUAGGAAUUAUCUCCCACGGAAUCCGCUACCGGCAACUGUCGCGCACUCGCCUCCGCAAGGAUAUCCACAGCUUUGUCCAGGAGUUGUUGAGGAACAAUCCGAAACCAGUUCGAUGCCCCCGGGGACCGAGCCGUGCCAUCCGCGCAGGCCAGUUGUGGCAGUUUUUCGACUUCUUCGGCGGGUAUACCGGUCCAGGAAGGACGAUGUACUACGUCUGCCACAACAUCAUCCUCCCGCUCACGUGCCCCUUCAAGCUCUCCUAUGCAGAGCUGGCGGGCCCCACAGAUGUCAGAUGGUUCGUCUCCCACUACUGGGGGACGCCCUUCAGCCACUUUGUGAGCACUGUCUGCAAGCACGCCCAAGAGUCCUUCCUGACCCAGUCGGGCUGCGAUGACAGCAUCACCAUUUGGCAGCAUUUGUCCUACUGGGUGUGCAGCUUCAGCAACAACCAGUGGGCAGUGGAGGAGGAAGUGGGAAAGAAUUGGGACGAGUCCUCUUUCUACCUGGCGAUGCGCAGCGUCGGCAGUAAAGGUACUGUGAUGGUCUUCGAUGAGGAGGCCCUGCCAUUGACACGGUCCUGGUGCCUCUUUGAGCUGCUGCAGACACAGCAGCUGAGCCACGAGCGCCCGGGGCAUUUUCUGGGACUGAUGCUUUGCUCGCCGUUGGGGGUGAUGAACAACGGCAACGGCUCAAUGGAUCUGGCCAUGAACGUCAGUCGAAAGCUGGCCAGCUUACGGCUAGAGGAUGCCAGUGCCAGCAAGGCUUCCGACAAGGCCAUGAUCGACAACCUGGUCACUGGCUACAACGGAGGCUUCUCCAAGAUCAAUGCCUUCCUGAUCCACUCAGUUCGGGAGGUCUUGCAAGCGACUCAAAUCCGAUUCAAGGACGACCUCGAGUCUUUGCAGGUUACGCUGGACGCCGCAGAGACGCGCGAGUUCAAGAGUGCGGGUCCUCUCUUGAGUUACGGUUCCUCCGGAUUCAGGGCGAGUGUGAUGGUGGUCGUGGUCCUGGUGGAGAUGGGUGAUGGUGGUGGCCAGGAUGUUGCUGCCGAUGAGUUCGCUGUGAACAUGACCAUGCUUGUUGCAUUUGCCGAUGGUGGUAAAGACAGUUGGUACUGA